AUUAUGAGUAAUCUUCAAGCUGAUUCUUCCUUUCCUCUUUCAACUUUAUUUAUUCUCCCUUCUUAUUGAAAGCCGCCCCUGCUGUAAAGAAACCCACAAAAAGGAAAGAAUUAUCUCUCUUAUGGAAAAAUACCAAGUCAUAUUUCCGUUGCUUGUCUUCUUUGGUUUUAUCUCCUUCUCUCUUUGCAUAGCUGCUGAAUUCAAGAAAUCAAAGAAAUGGAAUGGUGGGUGCAGGAUCAGCUUUGGAAUUGCUGUAAUUUUAAUAGGGGCAUCCACAAGCAUGAGCAGAAAUCAGCACUUUGGUGAAGGAUGGUUAGAUGGAGAAUGCUAUAUAGUCAAAGAUGGUGUCUACACUGGCUCAGCAAUUUUGGUAUUGGUCACUUUGAGUUCAACUCUUGGUUCAGCCAUCAUGAGAAUAAGGAAGAGAAAUCAAGUGGAACAAGAUAGUAAAGUGCUUCAGCAAGUACUUCAAUAGAAAAGAUAGAAGAUUGGAAAUGAAAAUCUCAAACUACUUUGGAACAUUUUAUACUCUUUCUGGAGGUGAAGGUGUUUCUUUUUCUUCUUGUUUUCUGAUAAAAGGUCCAAAUUUACUUUUCUAUUAUACGAAAUAUUUCAAUUUCA